GUCGCCAAAACACACUGCAAUCUCGUUAAUCGCACCGAUAGUAAACGAUGAAUCGACAGCGGCAACAGCAGCGUGACUCAGGACAACAACAGCCUAGAGACGCCAAAAUUAUAUCUCUAUUGUUGCAAUCACACGGUGUACACGACUUUGAUCCCAAAGUUGUUCAUCAGUUAUUAGAAUUUGCUCACAGAUAUACGUCAGAUGUUUUUCAAGAUGCUCUAGUGUAUGCUGAGCAUGCAGGGCGGCAGGAUAUUGAUCUUGCUGACGUACAACUGGCCGUACAGGGACGUGUCAGUCACUCCUUCACCGCUCCACCACCUCGAGAAUUUCUAUUGGAACUUGCUCAAGAAAAAAACAAGGUGCCUUUGCCUCUCAUUCCUGAGAAGUACGGUAUUCGAUUACCACAUGAAAAACAUUGUCUUACAGCGAUAAAUUUCCAAGUAACCCCCAAUGCACCGCCGCCGCCUAAAAAUCUCGUCUCGAAGCCCUCUGCAGACGACAGCCAGACUAUACCACAACGAACGAUGUCUGAAGAUGCUGAUAUGCCCGACUACCAAGCGGAGGAAGCAUCAUUAUCUUACCCAGGACCCGAUCAAGACAAUAGCAUUCUGUCGAAUUCAAAGCGAGGGCGGGAAACUAUGGAGGAUGAUGAUUAUGAUGAUUAGAAAACCGA